AGAGAGAAGCGGAGUGCGUGCGCGAGCGCUUACAACGCUUACGUCGUCGCUAGGAGCUCUCUUCUGGGAUAAUCAAGAGUUGGGCUGAGCCGGAUCCUCUUUUAGCAGCAGCCGGCUCAGGAGUAGCUGCGGCAGCUGCAGGGGCGCGCGGGACCCAGCGGCUCUGGGUGCACUGGAACAGCCUGUGCGGGCCACGCGUACCACCUCUUGGGCGCACAAAGGUAAAGGCGGCUGCAGCCCUCGUGGCCUGGUUCGUCCAGGGGUUUCCAUCCCCUCCCUUCUUCCCCUCUCGAAGGCGAAAAUGGCUGGGCCGGGCGAGGACCUGGGGCAGCAGAGGUUCUAGCUCUGCCAGUCCCCACCCUUUUGCUGACAGAGGCGGGCUGUCCUUGGAUGAGGUGGCUGAGGCUGCUCCCCGAUGAAUCCUCAGGAGAGUCUCAGCCACCAUCUCUCUUCGCUUGCUCCAUCCCUCUGAGAGAAGUUGACGCUGCUGUCGCCCCCACCCCCGCCACCACCUCCGCGGAAGCCAGGGCUGAUGGAUGCCGGGGAGUGCCGCAUUGCUUAGCGUCUCUGUCUCCCGAUUUGCUGGAAAGGAAGCAGACAGCAGUGAGGAGAACCGGAGGCCAGAGUGUGGUGUGGAGGUGACAAGUGCCAGGUAUAUUGUUGGACACACAAAGAGAGUCAAAGUGGACAGCUUGGUUACAAGGGGACAAUGACUCAUUUGCAAGCUGGUCUCUCUCCUGAGACCUUGGAGAAAGCUCGCCUGGAACUCAAUGAGAACCCAGACACUCUGCACCAGGACAUCCAAGAAGUAAGAGACAUGGUCAUCACUAGGCCGGACAUUGGCUUUCUGCGCACAGAUGAUGCUUUCAUCUUACGCUUCUUGCGGGCCAGGAAAUUUCAUCACUUUGAGGCUUUCCGCCUCUUGGCUCAAUACUUUGAGUACCGGCAGCAGAACCUGGAUAUGUUCAAAAGCUUCAAGGCCACUGACCCUGGAAUCAAGCAGGCACUGAAGGAUGGCUUUCCUGGGGGCCUGGCAAAUCUGGACCAUUAUGGGAGGAAGAUUCUAGUCCUUUUUGCUGCCAACUGGGAUCAGAGCAGGUACACACUGGUGGAUAUUUUGCGUGCCAUCUUACUUUCUUUAGAAGCCAUGAUUGAAGAUCCAGAGCUUCAAGUAAAUGGGUUUGUUUUGAUCAUAGACUGGAGUAAUUUUACUUUCAAGCAAGCUUCUAAGCUUACACCAAGCAUGCUGCGACUUGCAAUUGAAGGUCUUCAGGACAGUUUCCCUGCAAGAUUUGGAGGAAUUCAUUUUGUCAAUCAACCUUGGUAUAUCCAUGCCUUGUACACUGUGAUACGCCCAUUCCUGAAAGAGAAGACUCGGAAAAGGAUAUUUUUGCAUGGUAACAACCUGAACAGUCUACACCAACUAAUUCAUCCUGAGAUCCUACCUUCUGAGUUUGGAGGAAUGUUGCCCCCAUAUGACAUGGGGACAUGGGCACGAACCCUGCUAGACCAUGAGUAUGAUGAUGACAGUGAGUACAACGUGGAUUCCUAUAGCAUGCCUGUGAAGGAAGUGGACAAGGAACUCUCCCCAAAAUCCAUGAAGAGAUCUCAGUCAGUAGUGGACCCUACAGCACUGAAACGCAUGGAUAAAAGUGAAGAAGAAAACAUGCAGCCUUUACUUUCUCUGGACUGAAAACUUCUCCACCCCUACACCAUGGAUUAAAAAUGGGAGGCCCUGUCUUUCAGCAGCAGGGGCAGCACUGUGGAUUUACCUGCUGGAAAACAUUAUUCAUGUUCAUGUAGCAUAAUGCACAAGACAUCUGGCUUUCACAUUUGCCUAAACCAUGGGUGCCCUGGGCUAUAUUUUAAAAAGUCAAUAAUUUAUUCUGUAAGUGCCAAGUUCUUUGUAAAUACAAUAUAGUCUUCAGAUCUAGUUUGUAAAUUUUGGUAGUAAUUUAAUUUGGGAAAGAUUGACUCACAUGUUUGAGCCAGUGAUAUGGACUAUGAUAAGAAGCAUAAGGACACAUACCCUAUAAAAUUUAAUGAAAUGUAUCCAUGUUUCCUAUGAAGUCAUAUAUCUGCUAUCAUAAGGAAUUGUUUCAAUGUCUAAAACAUUGUCAAUAUUCAGCAUACUUUGGUCACAGCAAGGUCAAUUAUUUCUAGGAAAUUGUUAUGAUUAAUGUUUUCCUGUUUAGUGAUUUUUGUUUCAGAGGAACUAUUCUGGAAACAUCCCUGAAGAAAAAGAGUGAUUGAUGAGCUUGGAAACCGAACCAAACCUGAGCUCUACUCUGUUGUUUGAUUUGGAGGUUUUCAAGAAAAUAUGUUUUCUCACUUUAAGAUGAGGAAUUCUGUUUUUGUUUGUUUGUUGUUUGUUUUUUGUCUAAAUGCCUGUCUUCACAGUGUUCCUUUAAUUAAGCUCCCAUUGUAACCCCUGUCUGAUGUACUUUAGAACAUAUGUUCACCCAAAUCUUUGACAAAGUAAAGGAGAAUUAGUUCCUAAAUCAUUUUGACAGACAAUUUUGGACACGAAAUUUAUAACUUACAAAUGGGGGCUAAUUUCAGAUCAUUGUGGAAGUGUUAAAAAUAUAAAUAUCACAUACAACAUAUAUAAUUUUAUUGAGUUCUAAUAAAUUCUUGAUAUGACAGGC